CCCGCCUCGCCUCGCCCCGGCCCUGCCCUGCCCUCGGGGGACCCUUUCUCCCCGAGCGGGCGGUGGGCUCAGACCAUGGCCUUGGGCUUCCCCCAGCUGCUGUCCCUGCGCCUGCUCACCCCUCGCUCGCCUCCAAGGACCAGGGCGGCAGCAGCGGCGGCGGCGGCGGCAACAGAAGAAGAAGAAGAAGAAGAAGAAGGGGAAGAAGAAGGGGAAGAAGCCGAGGAAGAUGGGACUGAAAUCCAGGAAGGCGGCGGCGGCGGCCGCGGCUUCACCGCGGGCUGGGGGUGCUGGUGACCGCGGCGGCGGCGGGGAGGAGGAGAAGAAAGCGGGGCUCGCCGCCGGGGAUCUGGAGCAGGGCUCCUUGGCCCUGGGGGCCGGGCCGGACAAAGACGGGACCCUGCUCCUGGAAGGCGCGGGCAAGGGGGACGGGGGCAAGAGGUCCGCGCAAGGGAUUGGGCUGCUGGCCAAGACGCCGCUGAGCCGACCCGUCAAGAGGAACAACGUCAAAUACCGGAGGACCCAAACUUUGAUCUACGAUGCCCUGGAGAGGCCGAGAGGCUGGGCGCUGCUCUAUCACGCCUUCGUGUUUCUGAUAGUCUUGGGAUGCUUGAUUUUAGCUGUCCUGACAACAUUCAAGGAAUAUGAAACUGUUUCAGGAAAUUGGUUACUGCUGUUGGAAACAUUUGCCAUUUUCAUCUUUGGAGCAGAGUUUGCCUUAAGGAUCUGGGCUGCAGGCUGCUGCUGUCGAUACAAAGGAUGGCGAGGGAGGCUGAAGUUCGCCAGGAAGCCAUUGUGUAUGUUGGAUAUCUUUGUCCUGAUCGCCUCUGUGCCAGUGGUGGCGGUCGGCAACCAAGGCAAUGUCCUGGCUACGUCGCUGAGAAGUCUCCGUUUCCUUCAGAUCCUACGGAUGCUGCGGAUGGACAGGAGAGGAGGCACCUGGAAGCUUCUAGGAUCUGCCAUUUGCGCACACAGCAAAGAACUCAUCACUGCCUGGUACAUUGGGUUCCUGACGCUUAUCCUUUCCUCCUUCUUGGUUUACUUGGUGGAGAAGGAUGUGCCUGAAAAGAAUGAAGAAGGGAAGGAAAUAAAAGAGUUUGAAACCUAUGCCGACGCACUUUGGUGGGGGCUUAUUACACUGGCAACAAUUGGCUAUGGUGACAAGACACCCAAGACGUGGGAGGGACGCCUGAUAGCGGCCACGUUCUCUCUCGUCGGAGUGUCGUUUUUUGCCCUUCCAGCUGGUAUUUUAGGUUCAGGAUUGGCUCUGAAAGUACAGGAGCAACACCGCCAGAAGCACUUUGAAAAAAGAAGAAAGCCAGCAGCAGAACUCAUCCAGGCUGCCUGGAGAUACUAUGCUACUAAUCCCAAUAGGAUGGACCUGGUUGCCACUUGGAGAUUUUAUGAAUCAAUUGUAUCAUUCCCAUACUUCAGGAAAGAGCAGGUGGAUGGCACCAGUAAUGUCAUGUUUAGUAGGGAUGCAUUCUUUGGAUCAAGCGUCACCAGAAAACUUAGCCAAAAGCUGGGUCUCUUGGAUCGGGUUCGUGGUACCAAUACUAAAGGAAAGCUAUUUACCCCUCUGAAUGUAGAUGCAAUUGAAGAAAGUCCUUCUAAAGAACCUAAGAGUGUUGUCUUGAAUAACAGAGAGCGUUUUCGCACUGCAUUCCGAAUGAAAGCUUAUGCAUUCUGGCAGAGCUCAGAAGAUGCUGGAACUGGGGAUCCUCUGGCAGAAGACAGAGGGUACAGCAAUGAACUUCUAAUUGAAGACAUGAUCCCCACGCUGAAGGUGGUCAUCCGAGCUGUCAGAAUACUACAGUUUCGCCUUUAUAAGAAAAGAUUCAAGGAGACUUUGAGGCCUUAUGAUGUCAAGGAUGUGAUAGAGCAAUAUUCAGCAGGACACCUUGACAUGCUUUCCAGAAUCAAAUACCUUCAAACCAGAAUAGAUAUGGUUUUUGCACCUGGACCUCCAUCCACUCCCAAGCAUAAGAAAUCCCAAAAGGGAGGAACGUUCUCUUACCCUUCACAACAAUCUCCAAGGAAUGAUCCAUACAUAGCCAAAGCAUCCACAGUAGAUCCUGAUGACCAAAGUAUGAUGGGCAAAUUUGUCAGAGUUGAAAGACAGGUCCAUGACAUGGGAAAAAAGCUGGAUUUUUUAGUCGAUAUGCACAUGCAGCAUAUGGAGCAGUUGCAGGUCCAAGUCACGGAGGUGUACCCUUCAAAAGAAACCAUGUCCCUAGCAGAGGAUAACAGAUAUUCUGAACUGAAAUCUAUCAUUUACAAAUACUCGGAGCCUUCCAUUCAUGAAAUGCCUCCAACCUUCCACCAUGUCCCGGUGAACAAAGUUCCUCCUUUUGGAUUCUCAUCGCAGGACCGCAGCACGGGUCCACUUUCGUUACCGUUGGGCGGGCAAAACUCUGGUAGGUGGGAGGCCAUGCCGUUCUCAACUUCCUACGCAGAAAGGCCGACCGUUUUGCCUAUCCUUGCAUUCAUGGACCCCCACAUUUCCUACCACUCCCCCCGGGGGGAUCUCCAGAGCCCCCACUCAGACAGAAUCACUUCAAGGCAGAAACGCAGCUUGACGAGAGACAGUGACACCCCGUUAUCCCUCCUCUCCGUCAACCACGAGGAACUUGAACGUUCACCAAGUGGAUUCAGCAUCUCCCAGGACAAAGACGAUUUCCUGUUUGGGCCAAACGGGGGUUCAAAUUGGAUGAAAGAAAAGCGCUACUUAGCGGAGGGUGAAACAGACACCGAUACUGACCCUUUCACCCCAAGUGGCUCUAUGCCUCUGUCUUCAACAGGAGAUGGGAUUUCUGAUUCUGUAUGGACCCAGUCUAGCAAGCCAGUUUAAAAUUCUCCAUGGGGUGGGAUGGGCGGGGCAGGGUAGGUGGAGUCACUGGCUGGCUUCUUCUCAUAAUGUAAACAUAAACUUUGUAUAUCUCACUAUACACACCCAAAGCUUCCUCGCUCGACAACAAACAACACCCAUGGCUGCACUGCAUGCUGGUCUUAGUGAUACUCAUUCUGCGCCAUUUCAUACGGUUGAUUAAUGCGGUUUUGUUCAUGCAGCCAAAACUAAGCAGUUUAGUUUUGAGCAUGGUUUUGCAUGACUUUACACUAUAAAUGGGACAGGUGAUUUCUUCUGUGAUUAAAAUAGCGGACAGGAGGUUCUUCGGUAUACCAAGGGUCAGGUCAAUGCCAGACACUAAACAAAACAAAAACCCCUAACAGUGGCACGUAUGCUACAUAUUUGUAUGCAAAGCAAGAUCACACACACACACUGGGCAGUAUCAAAUAAAACACGAGUGCUAAUGGAAUUUCUAUUGUGCUAGUGUAGCGCUGCCUCUAGUGCACCGUUAGCGUUUUGCUGGAAGGUCAAGUAUUCUGGAGAAUCUCAUUGUGCCUGCUAACGCCAUUGGCAAUGCACUAGUAGCCCCUUCUGCUAGGACAACAUAAUCUACUUUAGCACUUGUGUCUUACUGGAUCCUGCCGCUUAUUUUCAGAGCAAUGCCCUUUGCUGAGUAUAUAUGUAUGAUUAUGGACUAUUACCCCUUCCCCAGGCUAUUUAAACCUUGGUUAUCGAUCUUGCUGGUGCCACUGUAAUCAUGCCUCUUAAUUCUGCUCAUCCAAACCUUCAUUAUUAU